AUGGGCACGUCGGUGGAUCAGCCAGAACCAGAACCAGAACCAGGACAUGUGCCGCCUGCUAUUCAAGUAGUUCCCCGUGGGAACGAAGCUGGUCCAUCGAAUCAGCCCCCACGAGUGGUCCCCUAUCUGUAUCAACAGGAUGAAGUGAUAGAGAGGGAUUCCGUUCAGUCUAUCCAGCAGAGGCUCCUAGCAAAAUACUCGUAUACUCCCCCUAUCGGGAUCAUGUACCUAGCCAAAAUAAAGGCAAAAGACCUAUUCGAGCUGAAGGUCCAGAUUCUAAGGAUCAUGGCGGUCCUUGAUCUAAUGGGGGAUUGGCUAGGACGGGGAGCUUGGGCCCUCGGGAAUAUACGUACCACCACGGGAGAGCAUUCCUUAGAUAAAAUCCAUACCCUUCUUUCAGAUCUCAAAUCGAGGGGAAUCAAUUUCGAGUGCUUCUCUCCAUUAAAAGGGAAGAGGAAGGCAAAAUCUUUGCUGGCUGGGAGUUGUGUGAGCGGUAACGUCCACGUACGGCUCCGUGAGAAGGGCGAUGGAAAGUAA